GGUACAAUAGGUAGCAAAGCUAGAAAGCACCACAUUUGAAUGAUGACGAAACCUCCCAGUGAAAAUCUACCAACUGUGAAAUUAGUUGUAGUUGGAGAUGGAGGUGUUGGAAAAAGUGCCAUCACUAUUCAGUUCUUUCAGAAAUUAUUUGUAACUGAUUAUGAUCCUACAAUAGAAGACAGUUAUAUGCAACAUGUUGAAGUGGAUGGCCAGUGGUGUAUGUUAGAUGUUCUGGACACUGCGGGUCAGGAAGAAUUCAGUGCGAUGAGGGAACAGUAUAUGAGAAAAGGCGAUGGAUUUUUAUUAGUAUAUUCUGUCACAGACAAAAAUAGUUAUGAAAAUAUCAUUCAUUUCCAUACACAAAUCCUUCGAGUGAAAGAUAGGGAUACUUAUCCAAUGUUACUGGUAGCAAAUAAAGUCGAUCUUGUCCAUUUGAGAAAAAUCACAGAGGAGCAGGGCAGAGAUUUAGCUCACAAGCUGGGAAUUCCAUAUAUUGAAACCAGUGCAAAAGAUCCUCCACUAAAUAUCGAUGCUACAUUUCAUGAG